CUGCAAUUAAAAAAUAUAAAUAAAAGUCUUUGUUUUUCUGUUUUCAUCGAAAGUUCCCCUCCCCCGCCCCUGUUUGACCAAAAAGAAAAUGAGCUGGCGCGACAGCAUCACCAGCAUUCCCGGCGCUGUGGCCCACAUCCUCAAUGAGAGCGCCAACACUCUGCUCUCGCACAGCUCCGCCCUGUCUGGAGCAACAGUUGGCAGUGCGUUCUCUGGAGGAUCGGGCUCUGGAUCUGAUGCCGGGGGCUCGGAGGAAGGUGCCCCGCAAGGCCAGUACCGGGGGCUGCCCAUUCCCGCUUCGCUGGUUCGCGAGCAGUGGCGCCUGAUCUUCACCAGCGACGCCAAUAUCCAGGAUCUGCAGGCGGCCAUUGCCCAUUGUAGGGAUCUCGUCCUGCUGAGCGAAGAACUCAGCGAGGAGCGGCGCUGGUUGGUCAGGCACCUAGUGGACCUACGCUACUCCCUGCAACAGCUGGAGGAGGCCCAGGAGCAGCAGUCGCUCUCCUCGGACAUUGUCGUGAUGAACGCCAUCCGGGCAGUGGUGGGACACCACUUUGUGCCGCAUCACCCGCAUCACGGCAAGCGGAGUCGCCUGCAGGCGGCCGCUAGGAGAAACUACUGCGAUCAUUGCACCGCCAUUAUCUGGAGUGUGGUGCAGGCCUCGUACGUGUGCAGCGACUGCGGCUACCUGGUGCACCAAAAGUGCAUCGAUAGUGUAAAGCGAGUGUGCGCCCAUGUCCUGGUCUCGGAGCGCCAGUAUCCCGUAGCGGAGAUCUGCCCGGAGAUUGGCCUGGCCGCCCAGGGAUACAAGUGCGCCGAGUGCGGAACGCUGCUCAACCUAAAAAACUCCUGGAUAGAGCCACGUCUGUGCGACUACAGUGGCCUGUACUUUUGUCCCCGCUGCCAUUGGAAUGACAGCAACUUUAUACCAGCCCGCAUAAUCCACAAUUGGGACUUCUCGCCUCGGCGAGUCUCCCGCACUUCGCUCCAGGAGAUCCGGCUGUUUUUGAACAAGCCGCUCAUCCGUCUGGAGGAGGACAACCCCAAGCUCUUUGUGUUCGUUGAGAAGCUGUGUGCGGUGAAGAAACUACGCCAGAAUCUGGUACACAUGCGUCACUAUCUGGCCGCCUGCAAGCUAGCCAGCGAUCAGAAACUGGUGGAUCAGCAGCUCGGCGGCAGACGACAUCUGGCGCAGUCCAAUGAGUUUUACUCGCUAAGUGACUUGGUUCAGGUGGACACGGGAGCCCUCACAGAGUUCCUGCAGGCUGUGUUCAAGGUUUUUGAUGACCACAUCCGAUCGUGCCACAUGUGCCUGGCCCAGGCGUACAUCUGCGAGAUUUGCAGCAACAACGAAGUAAUCUUCCCCUUUGAUGAUGGCUGUAUCAAGUGCGAUCAGUGCAACUCCAUCUACCACCGGGUCUGCCUCACGCGCAAGAAUAUGAUUUGCCCCAAGUGCACUCGCAUCCAAGAGCGGCGUCUUCAACUAGAUCGUAUGAAGAGCACCGAGGAGGAGGACGAGGACGAAGAGGCCACCGAUGAUGGCGUGGCAAUCGCCUUUUGAAUUUCAAAUUCGCUCGUAUCUGUGCUGGUUUUUAAUGUUAUCAUAUGUACAUAGGGUAUAACCAAAAAAAAUAUAUAUAUAAACUACUAUUACAA